AUGGGACUCUUUCACGAGGGCGACGUGGUCAGCGCUAUUGCGGCCGCCAAGGCCAAGGGCGCGCCCCUUCUCGUGUUCAUCCUCGGCGAUGACCCGUCGAGCGCCGAGAUGGUCCGCGCCCUGGAAGACUCGAACGACGGUGGGGGCGCCACGCUGAGAUCGGAGGCUGGCGACGAGGGGUGGGUGGCGCUCAGGCUCGCGGAGGGCGGGACGGACGCCGCGAAUUUUCGCGCGCUGUGCCCCGCGGGCAAUGCGCCCGUCGCCGUCGCCGUGGACGCGCGCACGGGCGCGAAGAUCGGCGAGGCGAGCGGCGCCGACGGAGCGGACGUCCUGGCGAGCAAGCUCAAAGAUCUCCGGGAGGCGCACGAGUCGGACCUGAGGCUGCAGACGAUGGCGGCGCUCGCGCGGCUCGCCGGCGCGCAGACGCCCGCAAACCCCGCGCCCGCGACGCAACCGCCCCCCGCAAACCCCGCGCCCGCGACGCACGAGCCGCCCGCGCAACCCGCCCCGGCGCCAAGGGCCGACGAUCCAUCCCGAGACGAAACAUCCCGAGGAGACGCAUCAUUCGCAGCCGCCGACGCGGACGCCAUCUUCGCCAAGGCCAAGGCCGAAGCCGAGCUUAACGCCGCCAGGGCCGAGAUGGCCGCCAGGAUCAAGGCUGACGCCGCCCUCAAGCGCGCCGCCGCGAUCGAGGAGAGGGCGAGGAUGGCGGCGGAGGCGGAAAAACGUCGCGAGGAUGAAGCGAAGAGAGCGGCGGAGGAGAAGGAGCGAAAGGCAGUGGAGGCUCGCGAGCGCCUCGGGGUGGCGGCCAGGAUCCAGCUCCCGGACGGUACCAGCGUCACCGCGAGGUUGCCCGCGGGCGCCACGAUCGGGGACGUGCGCGACUUCCUCGUCGCUGACGCUCCGGAGGUGGAUUGGAAAAAUCUGGAAAUUUGGAACGCGUGGCCGAGGCGCGUCGUGGACGAAUCGGAUCCCACGGCAACCGUCGCGGAGGACCUGGGCCUCGGCGCCAGGCCCUCGCUGCUCGCGAUCUACCGGGUGGGCGGGGGGAACGGCGGUGGGUCGGUGACUCACCGGGCGGGUCCCGGCGGGGUCACGGCUGGCGGCGGCGGCACAGCUGGCGGCGGCGCGCUCGACGCGUUGCUCGGGAUCCUCCGUAAGAUCUGGGCGCUCGUGUGCUCGUUCCUGGGGAUGGACCUUUUCGCGGCGCGUGGGGGCGGGGCUGCGCCGAGGGGCGACCCGGUGAGUCACCGACCCACCGCCGUCCCGAGGGGCGACGGGGCCGACGGAUCGAAUCCGGUGAGGCGAUCCGGCGCCGGCGGCGGCGGGAACGGGAACGUUCACACCCUGGGAGGGUUGAGGGACGACGACGACGAGGGCGACGACGGUCGCAACCGGUUCUGGAACGGCAACUCCACGCAGUUCGGCGGCGGGCCCGCGGACGCCGACGCGGGCGACGCGCCCAUGGACGGCUUCUACACGUCUAGAAACGAAUGA